ACUAACGCAUUUCAACGCAAUGGAAAAAAACGAUUUAAUCUAUUUCAGUGGAAAUAAUUCGGAUAGUGAUUACGAAUAUAAAACUAAAUCGUAUACCGAAAAACCUCCGACUCCAUCAAGAAUAACCUUAAAACCCAUCGGUUUUGAGGAAUAUGUUCAAGAAAAUUAUGAAGAUAAAAUAAAAAUAUUAAAUCGUGCAACAUUCAAACAGAUUUCGAAACCCAUAAUAAUAGUUUUUAAUCAUUUUCGUGAAAAAUGCGCCUACCACACCAAUAUAUUGGAUACAAUGCACCAAUUGGCUUUGAAAUAUGGAGAACGCAUUGAAUUUAUAGCGGCUGAUAUGUUUGAUAUAGAUUUAUUAAAAUUCAAAAGAAUUGCUUUAGAUUUCUUUUACGGUGAUGUCAGUCCUGAAAAAGUGAAUGCCUUCAUUUUUGCUAUCGAUCAACAGAAACGUGUGCAUGAACUACACUAUGCCGAUGAGCAAAAUGUGAAAAGUCUAACAAAAUUAUGUGAAGAUCUUUUAAAUGAUCGACUCUUUAAAUCUCAACCCUUGCCAGAGGCCAAUAGCAGCCGUCUGGUAAAAAUAUGUGUCCAUGAUAAUUACCAUGAAUUGGUUACCAAUUCCACCAAACACAUUUUGCUUAUAGUCAAUCAUACAGAUUAUAUGGAACUUAAACCUAAUGAAGGUCCAAAUUAUGAAAUGGUAGCUGAACAGUUAAAGCCAUAUAAUGUGGAUGUUGUCUAUAUAAAUGGUGAGCAGAAUUAUGUACCAUAUGAAUUGGGCAUUACCUGUUAUACUACCCUGGUACUUAUACCACAAGAUGAUAAAACAAAUUUCAUAUGUCAUCCCACUGGAGGCGAUAGCAUAGAAGAAAAUAUGAUCAACACUGUAAAGCUGUACAUAGAAGAUCGUAAAGCUUUUGAGGAACUUAGAGAAAAAGAGAGAAGUACAACUUGGUAUCAUCCUUUAAAAAUAACCCCCGAUUUUAAUUUAGAUAUGAAUGAACUACCUCAGUAUCUGGAAGAAAAAUGUGGUGAUUGCUUAAAAGUAUUUGAGCGUUCAGAAUUUGAAAAUAUACAAAAUUAUUGCAGUAUUUUGGUAUUUAUGGAUUUCAGAAAUGAUAAAUGUUUAGCUCAUCAUCUUAAAUGGAUUGAUCAAGUCUAUCAAGUGGCCAUGAAUUUAGAAGGAAGAAAUUAUUUUAUAGCUGAUUACAAGGAUAUAGAUGUUAUAAACACAGAAUGGAAAUCGCAAGAUUUUUUUGUAAAUACCUCGCCAGAAUCUAUGGUACCAAGGGUAUUUGGUAUUGAUCAAAAUAAAAAUAAAUUUCAAAUGAAGGUAUAUAAAAAUCCAGCCUCACUAUUCUAUUUUGGAUAUAGUUUGGGUAAAGGAGAAUUAGAGGAGGAGGAUAGGAUAAGCGUUUAAGAAAAUGUAAAAAAAAUAAAUAAAUUUUAAGAAUAAAUAAAAUCUCAUUUAAAA